AUGUCUAUGAACGAUCACAGAAGAAUGUUGCUAGAUAUCGGCGCCUUGAAUAGCACAAGUGAGGAUUUGUCGCAAUAUCCCAGUAUCCUUCAGGAUGCAGUGAACACAAUCAUCGCCUGCCUGGCUGUGCUUGGUAACGGCUUGGUCAUCACCGUUAUGCUGCUCAGACGACGAGUCUUCAGCUCCUUCACAAAUCGUCUCAUCCUGCACCAGUCCAUUAUUGACACUAUUGCUGGAGUCUUGUUUUUCAUUCACCACGUCGUUAUCAAGACUCGAACCCUUACAGCCUCUAUGGAGGGUAACGUUAGUGAUCAAAUUCUUUGUCGUUUUCUAGUCUCGGAUUUUGCUCUUUGGUGGGUGAAUGUGACAUCGACCUAUAACCUCGUCGUGAUAUCGCUGGAGCGGUUUAUGGCGACUUGCCACCCGGUGAAGCAUCGGAAUACUUGGUCGGCAGCCAAGCUCAAGUUUGCAGUGGCAUCUGCCUGGGGUGUAGGGCUCGUGUAUAACUCACAUUAUGUCUUCGCCUUUGAAGCUCGCCAGGGAUAUUGUGAGCUAAUAGAAAUGAGUUCCGGAGUAAAGGCUUUAUAUCACACAGCUGUCUUGGCUGUUGGAUACUUCGUCCCCAUCACCAUUUUGAUCUAUACAUAUAGCCGGAUAUUAAUCAUGCUAAGAAAGAAAACGUUAAAUCAACAAGCGAACGGUCCUCGGAUUGUCAUGACUAAAGCUAAGAAGAACAUCCUCGUUACGACGAUGCUGAUAGGCGUUAUGUUUGUGGUGUGUUGGACACCAAUAGAAGUCUUGUACAUUUAUCAACGAUUUACUGUUUAUUGGAGCACUCCGUUGUACUAUCCGUUCACCAGCGUGUUGGCUUGCAACAUGUUCGUCAACCCGAUCAUUUACUGCUUCAAGUACGAACAUUUUCGCUCAGAACUUAGACAACUCAUAAUCAAGAGAUGUCGGAGGAACCGAGUGAAUAAUGUGGAGGUCAUGUCAAUUGCAGUUGCUGCUUUGAGAAUGGAUACACAUUUAUGA